CUUUUAAUUGUUGCUUCUAAGUGACAUAUUAUCUUCAUGUAUAAAUAUAUUACAAUUCGACAAACAGAAUUUGAAGCAGGCGUGAUACUUUCGGUAGAAUAAAAGAUGGCGUGUCCCUUAUCAGGUGGUAUUGCUAGAAGAAAAAAUGGCGUGUCCCUUAUCAGGUGGUAUUGCAGAAGAUCAUGAGACUGAUCAUCAAGAGACUGAUCAGUUGGCCGAAGGUUCGGGUAUGCUUUACGGUGAAUACCUUCGAUUGGAUAAAAUCUUAACCGCACAAAGGUUACUAAGCGUCGAAUACAACAAGGAAGUGCACGAUGAGCAUCUUUUUAUCAUCACUCAUCAGGCGUAUGAACUCUGGUUCAAACAAAUUAUCUACGAAUUGGACUCGGUCAGAGUACUUUUCAACUCCGAACCAAGCAGCUAUGAUUUCAAUGGUACCUCUAACAAUCUCACUGCUCUCCAGAAGACUCGAAUUUCCCAAGUUCUGAACGAAUCAAGAACGCUGGAAAUCUUGAAGAGAUUAAACCGCAUCGUUCUCAUAUUAAAAUUGCUAGUGGACCAAGUAACAAUUUUGGAAACCAUGACGCCACUGGAUUUUAUGGCAUUUAGAGAGUACCUAUGCCCAGCUUCGGGUUUUCAAUCGCUACAGUUUCGUUUAUUGGAAAAUAAGUUGGGUAUAAAACAGGAGCAUAGAGUCAAGUAUAAUCAAAGUUACGCCAGAGCAUUCGGAAGGGAUCCAAAAGCUAUCGAAGCGAUUAAACGUUCGGAAGAUGAACCUAGUCUCAGUUGCCUUGUUCAGAAAUGGUUAGCAAGGACACCGGGUCUAGAACCUCAUGACUUUGAUUUCUGGGGGAAAUACAAAAAAUCCGUCGAGGAACUCCUCGUCGAGCAGGAGCAACUUGCUCAAAAACAUGCGAAGGAACAAGACAGAAAUUAUCAUUUGGCAAAUGUACGUUCUCGGAAAGCAGUAUUCGAGACGAUCUUCAACGAAUCUCUUCAUAAUGCGCUCGUAUCUCGAGGAGAGAGAAAAUUCGAGUUCGGCGCUCUUCAAGGUGCGGUGAUGAUUACGUUAUACCGCGACGAACCAAGGUUUAGUCAACCUCAUCAAAUUUUGACCGCAUUAAUGGAUAUCGAUUCUCUAAUUACUAAAUGGAGAUAUAAUCAUGUUCUGAUGGUUCAAAGAAUGAUUGGUUCCCAACAACUUGGAACCGGAGGAUCUUCGGGAUAUCAAUACUUAAAAUCUACUUUAAGUGACCGGUAUAAAGUAUUUUUAGACUUAUUUAAUUUGUCCACAUUUUUAAUACCUCGCCAUAUGAUUCCGCCGUUAACGAAACAAAUGAAGACAAAAUUAUCCAUUGACUGUAACGGAUGGAAUCCUGAUGAUAAUCAAAACAAUUCUGGAUGUACAGUGGAUGAUACAUAGAAAAAUAAGGCUUGAUACCAUGAAUGUUAAGAUACGUAAAUAGGAUGGGUAAUGAAGUAUCAAACG